ACCGAGGAAACUUUGCAUUUGGAAUAGAUUGGGGAUUUUUUAUUUUUAACAAACCUGGUAAAAGUGCGUUUUCGACGGUAAGCUAACGCGCUACAUGUGCUAUUCCUGGCGACACCCUCCUGUUGAUUGAGGCGUAAAAUUUAACUGCGCAAGGCACCAUUUUACAUCCAAACAUCCACACGAUUUAAGAGACUUUAAUUGUGAAGAAAACUAAACUAAUAUAGUGGCAAACACUAUAAACUAAAGCGGUGAAAAAUGCGAGAGGACGAAGCAGCUUGUGACGUAAACCUGGCUCUCGUCUCUCGACGUCGAAACACGCCAAGACAACUUUUCUGUUUAUGACUGGUACUCGCCUGUCUGAGCCACCGAGCGCCCCCUUCAGGACAUAAAAAUAAUCACAUCUAAAAGUGCAAAAGCCGAUUUGUUGAUUUCAGUUCACUGACCAAACCUCUUAACAACGAAAUCAGCUACCGCUUCAGGGGCAGUUUCCACCUUGAAUACACCACACAGUACUGUACAGCCUCGACAGGGCUCUUGAUCACACAAGCAUAAAGAACACGGGAAGGCACGAAGGGGCUUUUGAAGAAGAUAUGUCUGAGAAGGACCCUAAAACAUCUCAGGACCUGACUAUUGUGGUACAGACCUUGCUGCAGCAGAUGCAGGACAAGUUCCAGACCAUGUCAGACCAGAUAAUUGGGCGAAUUGAUGAGAUGAGUACGCGAAUCGAUGACUUGGAGAAGAACAUCUCUGAUCUCAUGAGUCAGUCAGGUGUGGAGGAGUCAGAGGAGGAGAUAAAAGUCACUGAGACCUCUGGAACAGCUUGAAGGCAAAGACCAGCACCAUCCUAACUGCCAAGGAACACAGUGAGGACCUUCUACUGCAGUAUCAGAAUUUUUAAAUGAAAUGUGAAUUAAUCCUUUUUUAAGUAAUUCAUUAAAAAUGGUGCUUGCCUAUGUGUAUUACAUAAUAUAUUACAUAAUAUAUUACAUGCUGUUAGGUUAAAACUAUAUUACUGGACAGGAGAUAAACAAAUGAAAACUUGUUUUUGUAUUUAUUCAUUGCAUUCACAGGGGAAAUCAUGUGAUUCCUGCAUGUUUUGCUGAUGAUUAAAAACUCCAUGAAAUGGC